CCAAUCUCACAUCCAAGUCUAGAGGGGAAAAAAGAGUAACUAAAAAACAAGAAAAAAUGUUGGGUUCUAAUUUCAAAUCUAUAUGGUUAUUGGCAAUGCUUGCAAUGUCUUUAUGCCAUUACCAAUAUGUGAAUGCAGAGGAUUGUGAAAAUGACAUUCAAGGGUUGAAUAUUGAGUGCAUGGUUUACAUGCAAAAAAUUGGAGGACAAAUAAAUCCUAGUGAUAGAUGUUGUGAUGUUAUUAAAACUGCCAACGUACCAUGUGUCUGCAAGAAUGGACUCAGUCGAAAACUAACUUUUAGUCCUUAUCCUGGUACCUAUGCGGAUUUGAUUAAUUGGAAAAAAGUGAUGUACUGUUUCAACUAUUGUGGCAGACCUCUUCCUCGUGGCUUGAAGUGUGAUAGGUUCACUGUUCCAUGGAAUGCCACCAUACAAAGUAACUAAAAGUGGAAGAUAUAUAUAUAUAUAUAUAUAUAUAUAUAUAUAUUUUGACUCAUAAGAGUUGAAGAUUUUAUUCUGCUCAAUUUUCAAGUAAUUUUUAUUUAUAAUAAAUAAGAGUGGAUUCUAUAUUAUACU